UGUGCCAAUUGUGUCAAUACGUGAAACGGUAAACAAACAAAUCCAAAAUGUCAAACUUGUUAAGAAAGGCAUUUUUUCCAGUUUGGAGGACAUCAAGAUUUGUUAAGACAGUGUCAGUGGUCAUGAGUUCAUCGGAGCCAACGAGUCCAACCUCAAAGAGUGGUCAAGCAUUGGAUAAAUUGAAGGAUUUGGGCUAUGCAUUUAACUCUGCGGGACAAUUACGUAAAAUCGACAAGAACACUGGGGAAAUAAGCGAUGAGCCAUUCGAAUUUGAGGUAUUCAAGGAUCAUGCCAAAAAUCAGGCGCAUUAUGAGAAAUUAGCUGAUCAAAUUCCCGAAAUUGUGUAUGAUUUGUUGGAGCAGAAUGGUCUGACACGAACAUACAUUCCUGAACAGGUGCCCUCUGAAGAAGCAUCAUUUUUCUUCACCAAACCUGAACAAUUGGAGAAACCGAAGAAAUUGAUUGUUAUUAUACAUGGCAGUGGUUAUGUUCGGGCCGGCCAAUGGGCCAGAAGCCUUAUAAUUAACAACUCUUUGGAUCAUGGCACCCAAAUACCAUAUAUAAAACGAGCUCAAGAAUUGGGCUAUGACAUCUUGGUCACCAAUACCAAUGACAACUAUCGUAUGGUAGAUGGCAAACGUAAACCCAUACACGGUUUAAGUUCAGCCACAUCACAUGCCGGCCAUGUAUGGGAGAAAUACGUUAUGGCUUGUGACCCAGAAUCAGUGGCCAUAGUGGCUCAUAGUGCAGGUGGUGGAGUUACAUUGGAUUUGGCCCGGCGUUUUCCUGAGUUUUUCGAAAAUAAAGUAUUUGCCAUUGCUUUGACAGAUUCAGCUCAUUAUGGUGUGGGCGGUGAUAUAAGAAAGGUUAUCGCUGGCAAAACCUGCAAUUGGGUUUCCAGCGAUGAGCCAUUGGAUACGGAACUUAAAACAUCAAAAGAUGACAUUAAAAUGGUAUCAGCAGGCCACACCAAACACGAAUGGACCUCCUAUUCAGCAUUUGAAUCGGUUUUCAAAUUUCUCGAAGAGAAAUAUUCAGAAUUUGAACAAAAGAGCAAAAAACAAAAAUUGAACAACUAAGUGUUAAAAUUAAGUGAAAUUGUGUUUUAAACAUCUAUAUAAUUACAGGAUUUUUAUUGAAAUUUUAAUGUUAAUGUUUACACAUAAAAACAAUACAAAGCCAUACAUGCAUACAUAUUCAUGCUGAUACACCAAAAACCAAACAAAAGGAAAAGAGUAUUUAAUACUUGAACUGCCGCAUUCAUGAUACUUUGUAAUAAUUAUUGUAGAAUGCCUGUUACCUAUUCUAUGCAAAUAUGCAACAUAAAAAGUCACCCAGUUCUCUGCUACAAUUUUUGUAUUUACCGAA